UUCUAAUCUGUGUCUAUGGCAACAGCACGUCGAACGGCCGGGUCACGUGACUACGCCGCUGGCUGGAUCGCGGAUACAACACAGCCAGCAGAGCCGACUCCUGUUUUGCCCUCAAUCUGUGCAGUGUUGCCGCGCUGAAUUCAUCCAGCCAUGGCUACGAUAGGAAUAUAAGAGGUCUGCGGCGAGGUUUAUACUCUGGUAAAGGCAGCCCGAGACCACAGAGAACACAAGGUUUCCUCGAGCUGUCAAUGCUGGACUCCCUGAUCUCCCAGCAUUAAGAUCUGCGAGGCUGGGAGAGACGACACCCAGCCGUCCAUCAAACUACCCCGACCCAACAUGAUUGCCUCCAGCGACGUAGACACCCGAGCUGAAGCUUCUUUAUUCUCGGACCCAAUUCCCUCAGAAAUGGAUGCACUUUGUCCCUCUCCUCCAGGACCUACCAGACCCCAACGUGACUAUGAGAGGAUUGGAGGACGGGCGGGAACCUCUUUUUGUCAGACUCUUAUUCACCUUCUGAAAGGGAACAUCGGCACCGGGCUGCUGGGUCUGCCUCUGGCUGUCAAGAAUGCAGGCCUGGUGCUCGGCCCUAUCAGCCUGCUGUGUAUGGGCGUCGUCGCGAUCAACUGUAUGCAGGUGCUUGUAAAAUGUUCCCACCACCUAAGUAUAAAGAUGAACAGGCCAUCUCUGACCUACGGAGAGGUGGUGCAGUACGGGAUGGAAAACGUGUCCUGGCUGAGGAGACACUCACAGUGGGGGAAACAGACGGUGAACGUGUUUCUAAUUAUCACCCAGCUGGGCUUCUGCUGCGUCUACUUUGUCUUCCUUAGUGACAAUAUCAAGCAGGUGGUAGAGGCAGCCAACGCCACCACCUUCAACUGCCACAUGAACCACACCAACCAGACCCAGGUCCUGGUGCCGAGCUUCGACUCCCGCCUCUACAUGCUCUGCUUCCUGCCUGCCCUCAUCCUGCUGGUGUUCACCCCCGACCUCAGGUACCUGGCUCCCCUCUCUCUGGUGGCGAACCUGCUCAUGAGCACCAGCUUGAUCCUCAUCUACUUCUACUCGCUCACGAACAUCACAUACCCCAUCAAUCUGCCAUACGUGGGCAGGGCUAAAGACUACCCUCUCUUCUUUGGGACGGCCAUCUUUGCCUUCGAAGGGAUCGGAGUGGUUCUUCCCCUGGAGAACAAGAUGCAGAGGCCCCAGAGUUUCAUCCCGGUUCUGUAUUUGGGGAUGGGCAUCGUCACCUUCCUUUACAUCAGCCUUGGUACCAUAGGAUAUAUGUGCUUUGGAGAGCACAUAGGAGGGAGCAUCACACUCAACCUGCCAAACUGCUGGAUGUACCAGGCGGUGAAGCUGCUGUACUCUUUUGGUAUUUUCAUCACCUUCGCCCUCCAGUUCUACGUGCCAGCAGAGAUUCUCAUACCACCAGUACUGGCUCGCGUGUCACAGAGGUGGGAGAAAGCCGUCGACCUACUGCUCCGCGCCGUCCUGGUCAUCUUCACGUGUGCUCUCGCCAUCCUGAUACCGGAGCUGGACCUGGUCAUCUCAUUGGUUGGCUCGGUCAGCAGCAGUUUCCUGGCGCUGAUCUUCCCUCCCAUCCUCCAGAUUCUAACUUUUCACACGGAGGGCCUGUCGCCGCUGGUAACCGUCAGGAACAUCAUCAUCAGCGUGAUCGGCUUCAUCGGGUUCCUCACAGGAACCUACAUCGCCAUCGCCGAGAUCGUCGCCCGUAACGGACUCAAACGCGAAGAGGCGUUCUCCUCCUACAUGGUCCAGUGAUGAGGUGAAGGGACUGUUGGCAGGUGGAUGAAAAAAAAAAAAAACACACCCAGGCCAUUUAGAAACCAU